AUGGAUGAGAACAUGAUCCAAAACGUGGAGCACGCCAUCCCCUGGCUUCUUGAGCCGAUCAUCUCGCCCAAGAGCAUCAUCACCGCAGUAACAGUGCUUGCGGCCCUGGUAUUCAUGCUCGGCUUCCGUAGCGGCAUCAACUUUGAAGGGCUCUUUGAUACCCUCCACAUUUACUGGGUAUCCAACAAGAUCCGAAAGACAAAAGAGCUCUUUCAAACAAAAUCCCAGAUCCAGAAACAAACAGACUGGAUCGAGGAGUGGGAAUACCUGGACGAACAGCGGGAAUUCCUGAGGCAGCGGGAUUAUUUCCUUCGGGAGACAUUUCUCGACUACGCUGCCAAAGAUAAGCUCGACGAACUUGACGGGCUUGAUAACUACGGCCCCAAGCUCUGGGAAGACAAGCUAGCCGACUCAAAAGCGAGGCUGUGGCUUAUCGAACAAAAACAUGGCGACCUGGCCAAGAGCAGGCCAGAAGGACCCAAGAUAAGGAGCUGGGUCAUAGAGUCAGACCGCAUCAAACGCAUGGUAUCAAAGAUCGGUCUGCCACGAUAUCUCGCGCAGGAGAAAUUCGUCAAGCCAUGCAAAGAAAACGAUGGCUGCUGCGCGAGGGACUGCGGAUGCUGCAGCAAGCCUCGGGACGUCACCCCCAGUGGCGAAGUGUUCUACGCCCACUGCACUUCGCUGUGUCUCUGCUGUAUCCGCAGAAGGGGUUUCGUGAGACUGGUUCCGACAUGGAGGAACAUUCCCGGGUUCGUCAGUCUCACGGGCGAGGAUAGGAUAGCUCAGGAAGCGAGGAAGUACCUUCCCGAGAAUCCAGCAGUCCAGCCGACAGGGGAGGAGAAGAAGAAGGAGACCUCUGCCUACCAGGCACGGGUCCAAGACUUUGGCGAGACCGGCGAUGAAUCCGUGGACAACAAGCCUCUAUAA